AUGAAAGAGCCAGACUUUGGAGGCUGGGGGGUCAGGACGGGGAGGACAGGGGGGUCAGCGACGGGGUCAGGACGGGGAGGACAGGGGGUCAGGACAGGACAGGGGGUCAGGACGGGGAGGCGACGGGGGUCAGGACGGGAGGACAGGGGGUCAGGACGACGGGGUCAGGACAGGGAGGACAGGGGGUCAGGAUGGGGAGGCGAUGGGGGUCAGGACGGGGAGGACAGGGGGUCAGGACGGGGAGGCGACGGGGGUCAGGACGGGGAGGCGACGGGGGUCAGGACGGGGAGGACAGGGGGGUCAGGAUGGGGAGGCGAUGGGGGUCAGGACGGGGAGGACAGGGGGUCAGGACGGGGAGGCGACGGGGGUCAGGACGGGGAGGACAGGGGGGUCAGGACGGGGAGGCGACGGGGGUCAGGAUGGGGAGGACAGGGGGUCAGGACGGGGAGGACAGGGGGGUCAGGAUGGGGAGGCGAUGGGGGUCAGGACGGGGAGGACAGGGGGGUCAGGACGGGGAGGCGACGGGGGUCAGGACGGGGAGGACAGGGGGGUCAGGAUGGGGAGGCGAUGGGGGUCAGGACGGGGAGGACAGGGGGUCAGGAUGGGGAGGCGAUGGGGGUCAGGACGGGGAGGACAGGGGGUCAGGACGGGGAGGACAGGGGGGUCAGGACGGGGAGGCGACGGGGGUCAGGACGGGGAGGACAGGGGGUCAGGACGGGGAGGACAGGGGAGUCAGGAUGGGGAGGCGACGGGGGUCAGGACGGGAGGCGACGGGGGUCAGGACGGGGAGGACAGGGGGUCAGGACGGGGAGGCGACGGGGUCAGGACGGGGAGGACAGGGGGUCAGGACGGGAGGACAGGGGGGUCAGGACGGGGAGGCGACGGGGGUCAGGACGGGGAGGCGACGGGGGUCAGGACGGGGAGGACAGGGGGUCAGGACGGGGAGGCGACGGGGGUCAGGACGGGGAGGCGGCGGGGGUCAGGAUGGGGAGGACAGGGGGUCAGGACCGGGAGGACAGGGGGGUCAGGACGGGGAGGACAGGGGGGUCAGGACGGGGAGGACAGGGGGGUCAGGAUGGGGAGGCGACGGGGGUCAGGACGGGGAGGCGACGGGGUCAGGACGGGGAGGCGACGGGGGUCAGGAUGGGGAGGCGACGGGGGUCAGAAUCUUUACUCUCAAAGAUCCACACUGCUCCGUUCUUAUGA